UCCCCCCCUCUGUCUUCCACUCCUCUCUCCAUUUCUCUCUGUCCUGUCCAACAACGACGACAUCAAUAACAACAACAAUAAUAACAAGAACGAUGAUAAACAACAAGGGCAACAAAAUGGGAAAAAAUGGCCUCCAGGAGCAGUGGAUUCGUAGUGUAGGCACCGAGCCCCAUCAAUAACCCUGGAGCCAAAAAAAAAAAAAAAAAAAAAAAGAAAAGAAAAAGAAUAAAUAAUUGGCCCAGAAGUGGUGGAAUCAGAUAUGUACUAGGUUUCAGCACCACAAAAAAUAGAAACAUGAAAUUAAUUUUUAUUUAUUUAUAUUGUAUUUAUUGAAAGAGAGAAAGAGACUGAGACCAAGACCAGAUAAAUGCUCUGUCAUUGUAGGGGGUGCUGGGAAUCAAACUCAGGGCUUUUAGUAUAAUGAUAAGCCACCUCCCUAUCCCUUAAAGUAUGUAUUUCCCACAAAGGAAUUUGCCCAACUGUAUCUCCUUGCUGCUGAGUGUGAAAUGAGUCUGAACUUUGGGUCACUUCAUGGAGAAGUUGAAUUGAAAGAUAAGCAGAUCUUCUAUAUUGGGAAUAGGGAAGUGAGUGGUUAAGAUGUGCUAAGGCAUUCCAAUAAUAGAAUCAUAUGAUUUAUUUAUUUUUUUUUACCAGAUAGGGGACUAUUUAAUGAGUUCACCUACAUUUACAGUCCAAGAGUAAAAGUGCUUCACCCACAUUAACUCCAAAUAGCAAGGGAGAAUGUAAAAGAAAGCCACUCCCUUACACUCAAAUGUCCAAAAGACUCUAGCACUUGCACCCACAUUCAGGAAGGAAUAAUAAAGAAUUUGAAACCAAUUAACCUGAAAAUGAAACUCAAACCAGACAGCUGGGAAGACAUAAGGGAAGUUUCUUUACUUCCCUAUAGAAGAUAUAUUUCAAUGUCAGUGUGAUGUAGUGGGGUAAACAUUUCCCAGGAAAACCUAGACCACUUUUUCUCUCUCAGGUUUCUUUUCAUUAAAGCUCAAAGUUCAGGGCUUCAUCAAAGCAGCUCCAAAUCCCCAAGGUGAGACAGCUUUCACCUGGAGCCAGUGUGUGUGUGUGUGUGUGUGUGUGUGUGUGUGUGUGUGUGUGUGUGUGUGUGUGUGUGUGUGUGUUCCUCUACCCUUUAGCUAGGAGUCACCUGGGCAUCAUUCCAGCAGGUGGCUUCCAAAGUCCAACCUGUUAGGUUGAAAUCUGACACUUGACAGACUCCAAGGGAACUGCCACUGAAAGCUAAACCAGGAACCAGGAAAUACUCAAGCCUCUUUAUGUAGAAAAACAGCUGGGCUCUCUCCCUCCCUCCCUCCCUCAGAGACAGAGCACCAUGGGAAACCAGCUUUGCCAUGGGAGAAACAGCAAAAGUUUGAAAUGUCCUUGGAGAGACAGAAGUCAGAUAAACGGGACUGGCUCUGGGGAGAGCUGGAAAUAUACUAGCAAGAAAAAGCACUGGAAGAGCUGCCCAUCAAUCUUUCGGAGGAAAAAGAAAACAGGAAAUCAAGCAAGAGGGACAGCAAAGAAGCAGCAGGAGCAGCAGAAUGGUACAAAGGCCCAUGACAAUACAGAACACACCUACGAACGAGUGCUAAAGCAGCCUGUGUCUCAAAAGAGGAGUCAAAGCUGCAGGUCUGAGGAGAGUGACUUACAUUAUGCAGACAUUCAAGUGUACAGCCAGAGCCAACUUCACUCUGCCUGGAGGGCAAAACCCCUGAAGUUAGAAAACACUACAGAGUAUGCCACUCUUCGCUUCCCCCUGGCCACACCCCACCAGAACAGCAAGAAGGGGACUCUAGUGUGAGCCUUGGGGAAGAAGGACCUGUUUCCACCUUGUCACCCCCUACUUGUGUGGGAGAACUGUUUUAUAUUAAGUUAUUGUCAAGUGUGCUAACUGCCACCUUUAUGUGGAAAGACUUCACUUUGCAACUCAAGCUAAUUGUAAUAUAAUUACAAUAUAAUUUUAUUAGGAGAGAUCUACAUGACACCAAUACUAGCAAACAGUUCAAUCAACAGUAAAGGGACAAGAAGUGAUGGACAAACCACCCCAUGCUAGCUCAGAAAAAGGGAACAUGGGGGGAGUCGGGCUGUAGCGCAGCGGGUUAAGUGCAGGUGGUGCAAAGCACAAGGACCGGCAUAAGGAUCCCGGUUCAAACCCCGACUCCCCACCUGCAGGGGAGUCGCUUCACAGGUGGUGGUGAAUCUUUCUCUCCUCCUCUCUGUCUUCCCCUCCUCUCUCCAUUUCUCUCUGUCCUAUCCAACAACAACAACAAUAAUAACUACAACAAUAAGACAACAAGGGCAACAAAAGGGAAUAAAUAAAUAAAAUAAAUAUUUAAAAAAAAAAAGGGAACAUGGAUAUGAAACCUGCAGUGGCUGAGGGUCCCCCUCUCCAAAGGUCCCCUUCACAAAAAGGGUGCCAGAGGUCCUCAGAAACUCACUGAAGAAGGCAUCUGGGACACAGAUGUGCUCAAAAAGACAUCUCAGAUUUGGCCUCAUUGAAGGCCCCAUUUUAUACCAACUACCAGCAAUGUGUUAUCAGGACUGUUUGUGGACGGGCUGCCCUCACUGUCAGGUGUUCAUGUGUUCUUGCUUGUUUAACAGCUCUGUGCUUUUGAUUGACAGAAAUCAUGCUGUCUCUCUCACUGUCA